UGUUUGCUGAACGUGUCUCGUUUUCUCAGUCUUUCCCUGCUUCUGUGACAGUUUCGUUACUUUACGGCAACAGCAGGUUGUUUGUUACGUUUCUUCACGUGAAAAUGUCCGCGGAUAAAGACGAAACGCGCCAGAGGUUGAAGGCGGCGGUGCACUACACUGUGGGUCAUCUGUGUCAGAAGAUGGGAGAGGUCCACCGCAGAGAGUUCAGUCGACAAGUCAUAGCAGCGAUAGCUGAGACAACGUUCAGACAAUGUGAUGUAUUUGCUACGGACCUGGAGGCCUUUGCAAGGCACGCUAAAAGAAGCACAGUGACUACAGAGGAUGUAAAGCUCAUCGCCCGACGCAGCACUGCAUUGUCCAUCUACAUACAAAAUAAAAGUGAAGAACUGAACCAGCAGAGGGAAUUAAAAAAGAAGAAUACUGGGAAGAGGAAGAGCAGAGACACUGAGGAGGAAAGCAGAGAAUAAGGACAAGACACAUGCAGGCCUGCGGCAUCUCACUAGUGUGUCCAACAUUCAAAUAUACAUGAGGGCUGACUAUUACAUCACAGUAAGUUAAGAGUCAACUAAAGUGCCAGAAUCAGCUACAGCAGUUCUCCAAUGCCUCUGUACAUUACUCUAACUUAGGACUUCUCUGUUCAGGGACCUAACACAAUGUCAUGUCGAGUUAUCCUUCAAUUAGCACUGUUCUGUCACAAUAAUAAAAUAACACUUGUAAUAAAA